AAAACCCAGCUCUUCCUCUCGCGAUAGUAGCUUCCAUAUGCAGCCGCCAUAUUCUGUGACAGUAUUUUGAUUCGUAUCUGCUGGAAGUGAGGAAAAAGAGAAAAGUGAAGGGCUGUCGAGGGGAGGGGGGGGCUGAAGAAGAGGAGCUGUCAAAAAGUUGUUCCCGAGUCUCUGUCAAACGGCGGAGAGCUGAGGCUCGGUAUCCCUCCCCUAAACGCUAUUGCGAGGACACUCAAGGCCCGGGGCCUCGGUGCAGUUGGCUCUUCGUAUCCCUGGUAGUAGCUGGACUCCUCUCGGCUCAUCCUCUCCCAGCUCCGCGGCCCUCCGGAGGUCCGGCGGCGGUCUCGGGUGUUAGAAGGCGGCCCAGGGAGCGGAGACGGAAAGGUACGUUCCAAAGAUGUUCAAGAUGAAGGCGGUUUGCUGCCACGACUGACGCCCCAGCGCGCUGAACAGAACGAGCAGUCCUGACCUGGCAACAUACGAAUGGCCCAGGGAAGCCACCAGAUUGACAUUCAGGUUUUGCAUGACCUGCGCCAGAAGUUCCCUGAAGUCCCCGAGGGUGUUGUCUCCCAGUGUGUUCUGCAGAACAACAACAAUUUAGACGCCUGCUGUGAAUACUUGUCCCAGGUCAGUCCGGGCUACCUGUACAGCGAAGAAGGAAACCUCGGCUUCACCGACGACCCCGGCUUCAUCAGGCUUCGUAAUCACAUGACCCAGCUGAACCUGGGCCUGCAGUCUCAGAAUGUGCACGCGGCCCCGGUCCGGGACGGCCUGAGAAUGAACGGCAGUCGAACUCUGGCCCACAGCCUGAGCGAGGGGCCCCUCAAGAAAGGCCAGGCCCCCAACAGUGACUUCUUUCAGCCGGAGCCCCAGUCAGCCCCAGUGCAGGUGCCCUCCAGCAUCAAUGUGUUCGGUGGGAUGGAGCCCACACGGAAACCGCAGCCUCCACAGCACCUCGGACUCUACCCUCUGGGUGUCAAAGGGUCCGCUAUGGGUGUCCAGCAAGCUCCGCGCUUCAACCCCAUCACCGUGACGCUAGCGCCCCAUAUCCAGACGGGCCGCAACACACCCACUUCUUUGCACAUACACGGCGGUCCGCAGCAGGGCCUCGGCAGUCCACAGGGUAACUCUAUCUACAUCAGGCCCUAUGUCAGCCAGUCUGGUACGACCCGGCAGAACCAGCAGCAGGGAGGCAGGGCCCAGUACAGCCCCACCUCCCAGCACCAGCAGCAGAUCUACCAGAUCUCACACCCCUCCUCCCUGUCCGGCUCCUGGUCCAGCCCUCAGCACGCCGCCUCCUCGCUUACCUCACAGCACCUGACACAGGGCCACCAGACCUCUCACGUCUACAUGCCGAUCAGCUCCCCCACGAAUCCCCAGGCGCCCUCCAUCCUCCCCGCUGGCAGCCUGGCCUCUUCCUCCGGCGUCUCCUCGUGCUCCUCUUCCUCCUCCUCCUCUGUCAUGCCCACCUCCCUGUCUACCAUCAGCCAGUACAACAUCCAGAACAUCUCCACUGGCCCGCGGAAGAAUCAGAUAGAGAUCAAACUUGAAUCUCCCCAGAGGAGCAACUCCACAACCACGACUGCCGUGCUGCGGACAGGCGGCGGGCCCCGGUCCUCCUCCACGUCGUCCUCCUCUUGCCCUUCCCCUUCCCCCUGUUCAACCGGGGUGGCCACUGUCCCCAGCACCCCUCUCUCCAUCGGAGGCCCAGGUCUGAGCCGCAGCCAGCCCACUGUUUACAUCUCUGCCAGCCCGCCCACUGCUGCUCCCGCUCCCUCAGAAGAUGCCGUCGUGGCCUCAGCCGGCUCCCGCUCUCAACCCAAGUUUUACAUUUCUGCCAAUGCCUCCAGUGACGACAGUGGGGGUAGGAACCCCCCCACAGUCUACAUCUCAGCCAACCCUCCCUUGCAGGGGCCCUCAGGGGCCAGGAACAUGGGGGGCCAAGUGAGCAUGGGCCCCGCGUACAUCCACCACCAUCCACCGAAGUCCCGCACCUCUUUAGGAGGGGGAGGCACGGCUUCUUCCCCGCGCGUGGUGGUGACACAGCCCAACACCAAAUACACUUUUAAAAUCACCGUGUCCCCCAAUAAGCCCCCGGCUGUGUCCCCCGGAGUCGUGUCCCCUACGUUUGAGCCCAACAACCUCCUCAGCCUACCCUCAGACCACCACUUCGUGGAGCCAGACCCCCUCCACCUCUCAGACCCGCUGUCGCCACACAGGGAGAGGCCGAGCGAGCCGCGCAGACUCAGCAUGGGCUCCGACGAUGCAGCGUACACACAAGCGUUGUUGGUCCAUCAGAAGGCCCGCAUGGACAGGCUGUGGCAUGAGCUGGAGCUGAAGAAGAAGAAGCUGGAGAAGCUAAAAGAGGAGGUCAACGAGAUGGAGAACGACCUGACCAGGAGACGGCUGGAGAGAUCCAACUCGGCCUCCCAAAUUCCUUCUAUCGAGGAAAUGAAGCAGCUGCGAUGCAAAAACAGGUUACUGCAGAUUGACAUCGACUGCCUCACCAAAGAAAUUGAUCUCCUUCAAACCAGAGGACCACACUUUAAUCUUGGUGCAAUCCAUAAUUUUUACGACAACAUGGGAUUCCUUGGUCCUCUCCCCCCCAAACCCAAAGGUACUUUAUCUAUUGACGGGAGAGGAUGUAGAUAUAAUGUGACCUCUGAGCUCAUGAUGGAGCCCUCCUCUGCUCCUUCCCCUCCUCUCCCACUUGACCCGGGCAGUAAGAUUGUGAAGCCCAUCGCAGACCAGGAGGAGGACGAGGGGCUGCAGUGGAACUGCACCGCCUGCACCUUCCUCAACCACCCCGCCCUCAACCGCUGUGAACAGUGCGACUUCCCGCGGCACUUCUGAGCCAACGAGGCCUCGACGCGCCGCCGCCGCCCGGCCAGACCAGAAUAGAAAAAAAAGGGCCUCUCUGUUUCUUCUGUUUCACUCGUCGCAUGAAAACUCGAGACGCCGUCGGGCAUCAUCCGUCCCGUUCUGUUCCUUUCUUCCCUCCUCUCUAAGGUUUGUAGAAUGCUGUCCACUGAAGGCUUGACCGGACGGUGUUUACGGCACGUGUUUUUCCACAAAGGCCGGCAGAGUCGGAUGAUACCUCGCCUUAGAGACUCGGAUGCCGCGGGGUCGAGUCUGCUCAACGGGUGACACUUUUCCCCCGGGGAUACCUCGCUGCUGCCACUUCCAGUAUUACGAGUGUGGCCCUGCAGUGUGACGGCACACAUACACGCACACACGCACACACACACGCACACACACACACACACACACACACACACACACACACACAC